GGGUCGAGGCGCGCCUGAGAGAGAGGGAGAGGUAGUCCACAUUUUCACUUGGGACUCUGUGGCGUGCCUUUCCUUUUAAUGUUUUAAAGGAAAGUCAAGAAAGUCGCGCGUGGGAGAGAUUUAAGGACAGUUUUUUCCACUCUAGGACACCCCUAAGGCUAAUUUGUGGAACGGUUCCAAUACAGCUUCCCUGGAAGGGCCUUACGUGAAGGGUCAGCGAGCACUGACAAUCUCUUUCCUCUGGGCUGCAAUUAAGCACGGCUAGAAAGAUUUUAGUGCGAAGUUCGACACGUCUGCACACACUCUCGCUCUUACAAUUAUUCGCCCGACUUCUCUGGUAGACUGGCACAUAUUCAUAUCUGAAGUAGCGUACAUUCACACAUAGCCAGUGCCCUCGGAGCAGAAUGAGGGAACCCUGGACGUACCUGCUGUGCUGGUGCCUCCUGGCAUGUUCAGCGUCCUCGCACAAUUCCAACAACCCAUUCGCAGGGCAGCAGACCCCCGCAGAUCCUUGCUACGAUGACGCCGGGGCAGCCCGCCGAUGCAUCCCUGAGUUUAUCAACGCAGCUUUUGGCAAAGAGGUGACCGUAUCCAGCAUGUGCGGCCGCCCGCCAUCCCGUUCGUGCAGCGUGGUGGAGCGCGGCGAUGAUCGGCCCUCGGUUCGGGCGUGCCAAAUCUGUGACGCCGCCGACCCUCGUCGGUCCCACCCAGCUUCCUACCUCACCGAUCUCAACUCGGCUCACAACCUGACUUGCUGGCAGUCAGAAAACCUCAACACCUCGCCGUACAACGUGACUCUUACUCUUUCUCUGGGGAAAAAGUUUGAGAUCACCUAUGUGAGUUUGCAGUUCUGCUCACCUAGGCCUGAGUCGCUGGCCAUCUACAAGAGCAUGGACUACGGCAAAACCUGGAUGCCUUACCAGUUCUACUCAUCACAAUGUCGGCGCGUGUACAAUCGGCCCAACAAAGCCACCAUUACGAAGCAGAAUGAACAAGAAGCUUUGUGUACUGAUGGCCACACUGACCUCUACCCACUUUCUGGAGGACUCAUUGCCUUCAGUACUUUGGAUGGACGACCAUCAGGCAAAGACUUUGACAACAGCCCAGUCCUUCAGGACUGGGUGACCGUCACUGAUAUCCGUGUGGUCUUCAGUCGUCCCCAGCAGUCGCGGGAGCUGGGACUCCCUGCCGGAGGCAACGGCGGUGGAGGGCGAGACGAAGACCCCUUGGCAGUUACCUCUACCCUGCCGCCAUACUUCUAUGCUGUAGGUGAUUUCCAGGUGGGCGGAAGGUGCAAGUGUAACGGCCACGGGUCCCGCUGCCUGAAAGACAAGGAGGGCAAGCUGGUGUGUGACUGCAAACACAACACGGAAGGACCCGAAUGUGACCGCUGUAAGCCCUUUCAUUACGACCGGCCGUGGCAGAGAGCUAGCGCUCGCGAGGCCAACGAGUGUCUGCCAUGUAACUGCAAUCUGCAUGCCCGGCGCUGUCGCUUCAACAUGGAACUGUACAAGCUCUCUGGGAGAAAGAGCGGUGGGGUGUGCAUGAACUGCCGUCACAACACCGCCGGCCGCCACUGCCACUACUGCAAGGAGGGCUUUUACCGAGACAUGGCCCGACCCAUCACUCACCGAAGGGCUUGCAAGGCCUGUGACUGCCACCCUGUAGGAGCAGCGGGUAAGACGUGCAACCAGACUACAGGUCAGUGUCCCUGCAAGGAUGGUGUCACCGGCAUCACCUGUAAUCGCUGCGCCAAAGGCUACCAGCAGAGCCGUUCCCCCGUCGCCCCCUGCAUCAAGAUCCCCGUGGUGAACCCCACAGCUGUGGUGAGCAGCACAGAGGAGCCAGCAGACUGUGAGUCCUACUGCAAACCGGUGAAGGGCAACCUGAAGAUCAACAUGAAGAAAUAUUGUAAAAAGGAUUAUGCUGUUCAAGUGAACGUGCUGGACAUGGAGACGGUGGGUGACUGGGCCAAGUUUUCCGUCAACGUCAUGUCGGUGUACAAGAGUCGUGGCGAGCCCUUAAAGCGCGGGGACAAUAUCCUUUGGGUGCACAUGAAGGACCUGGCCUGCAAAUGUCCCAAGAUCCAGAUGAGCAAGCGCUUUCUGGUUAUGGGCGGUAUCGACGGCGGCGCCAGCCCAGGGACGGCUUCGGGACCGGGUGUCGGGCCUGGCGGGGGAGCCUCCAACCCGGGAGCAGAACGCGUGGGCCUCCUAGCUGAUAAGAACAGCUUGGUGAUCCAAUGGAGGGACGUUUGGACGAGACGACUGAGGAAGUUCCAGCGCAAAGAGAAGAAGGGGAAGUGCGGCAAAGCAUGAAGGGAGAGUGUCGAUGAACCCUUCUUCUUCCUCCACACGCCACCUCUGUAAACCCUGACCCAGUCCCUUGCAUCACGGGAACACUGCACAUUACCAAGACUGCAUGUACCCUACCUGUUUUAAGGACCGCAUUUUGUGUAUAUUGUAUAAUUAUUUUACUUUUUAUCUUUCAAGAUUUGUCUUUGUAUUGUCACGUUUUUCUCGUCCUAUGGUUUGCCUUAAGAAGGGACCGUUAAAAAGGGUAUGAAGUGUCCACAGAAGCAGACGGCGUUCCUGAUUUUGGAACCAUCCGCUCCAUUUCCAACCACGCCUCCUUCCAAAAUUCUUCUGAAAGGAUUGGAAGAAGCAACACUGAAGUCUAAGGCAUCACCUCUAGUCCCAAUGGAGUGUUAAACUUUUAUCAACCCGUUUUUUUAUUGUUCCAGACAUCUGCAGAAACUUCUUUGAAUGGAGAUCUUUUGAAUGGAAUUCUCCACAACAAACUUGCUGCUGCCACCAUACUGGACUAAGCGAGCUCGCUGUUUGUUUUCUUUUCCUGUUAUCUCGUCCCACAUAUACUCUAGUCAUAGCAUAUCAGGAUUCUGAUGGCAUGUGUGGGUCAGAUUUCUGCAGGUAUUUCCUCAACUUUCCCUGGCUGGACCCUCUCAUGGAGGGGCUAACGUGCAUGUCACAUUGCUUUUGAAGGAAAAAAGACAAUUUGUUGGUAUUUCAAAAGAAGGUCUAUUCGAUUCUUUGGUGUCAUGUGACUGGCAAAUUGCGACGAGACUUAAAUUACUCUACGUAAAAAGCGGAGCUCAUUAUUUAGUCUGACUGAACGAGGCCGGAACGUUUUUGAGAGCGUACUGUAUUAUGACAUGAGCCUAUCACAUUUCAUUCCUCAUGUGUUUUGUAAUGUUUGCAUGUUCGUGGUUUGUGCUGGUCCAUCAAGCCCCUCACAUGAGCCUCUCCAGAAACCAAACUGAUGCAAGCGUCAAAAAAACCUCCCGAGUUAUCUCCCCUGUCAUCCGUUGCCAAAUCAGCGCAGUCGGGUUUUUAAAUUUGAUUAAAAGACUCAAAGUCAGAUCCGAGUAGGGACAGAAAAAAAAAACUUCUGGUAGCUCUCCAGCUUUUUAUCUGCCUUUCAUUCUGUAAAUUUCAUUACAAUGUACAGUAUAAGAUAAACAAGCAUUUGAAUUGACGUCGAGCUGGCGUGGCAGUCAUCGUGCUGACAGGCAGUCUGAGAAGUUAGAGAUUGUUUGGCUGCUGCCAAGGCUGCAUGUUUGGCUUGUCCUUCCUCCAAAAGACUCUCUCCUCUGCUGCGUAUCAGCCAAGCACCCACCGAGCCCCUCCCCCCUUCGUCCAGAGCCAUUUUUGCAUGCUGUGUAUGAGUGUCUUAGAUAAGUGACAGCGCAGGUUGAGUUUGCCAAAUCUCCUCAGUGGUGCACUGUACUCUGCACUGUAAGCGCUCCUUUUACCCUCCCAGAAUGUACGUCAAACUGUGAAGGAGUCACUUUAAUGUAUUGAUUGUGUUAGGUAGCUCUUGGAAAGACUAUAUAUCAGAACUUGAUUGGUUAAAUCCAAUCCAAAAACAAACGUGACCAAAAUAUGUUCAUGUCGAGAACCGAUGACUUCACAGUAUUGUGUCCAAGGCCCAAAUCUUGAAGUUUUGGUUGGCAUUUUAAACAUGCAACCUUGGAGGUUCCAUUGUAGUUACAGUGAGGAAAAUCAGUAUUUGAACACCCUGCGAUUUUUGGAAGUUCUCCCACUAAUAAAUAAUGGGCGGGUUUCAAAUUUUCAUGGUAGAUGCUUGUCCACUGUGAGAGACAAUCUAAAGGAAAAAAAUCUGAAAUCACAGUGUAUGAUUUUUUUUACCAAUUUAUUUGUAUUAUAAUGCUGCAAAUAAGUAUUUGAACACUUAUAUAUUAGCUACAAUUGUGAGCCUCAAAGACCUGUUAGUCACCUUUAAAAAGUCCAACGAAUAAGUGGAGUGAAAGUAAAUUUUUUGAUUCUGACUUUUUGACCUGUUUGACGCAGUUAGCUGCAUAUAAACACCCGUCCACCCCAUACAAUCAGGAAGACUCAAAUUCCUAACAUGGUCAAGACCAAAGAGCUGUCCAGAGACACCAGAAAUAGAAUUGUAAACCUCUCCUAGGCUGGACAGGGUUACAGGGCAAUUGCCAAGCAGCUUGGUGAUAUAAGAUCCACAGUUGGAGCAGUUAUUAGAAAACGGAAGAAGCUAAACAUGACCCUCAGACUUGGGCUCCAUGCAAGAUCUACCUCAUAGGGUCUCAAUGAUCCUAAGAAUGGUGAGAAAUCAACCAAAAACUACAAAGAAGGAGCUGGUAAAUGACCUGAAAGGAGCUAGGACCACCAUUUCCAAGGUUACUGUUGGUAAUACACGAAGAUGUCAUGGUUUAAAAUCAAGCAUGGCACGGAAGUCCCGUCCAGGCCCGUUUUAAAUUUGCCAAUGACCAUUUGGAUGAUCCAGAUGAGUCAUGGGAGAAAGUCAUGUGGUCAUAUCAGGUCAAAAUUGAACUUUUUAGUCUUAAUUCCACUCAUAGUGUUUGGAGAUAGGAGAAUGAUGAGUACAGUCCCAAGAACACCAUCCCUACUGUGAAGCAUGGGGUUGGUAGCAUCAUGCUUUGGGGGUGUUUUUCUGCAUAUGAGACUAGACGACUCCACUGUAUCAAGGAGGGGAUGACCAGGGCCAUGUAUUGUGAGAUUUUGGGAAAUAAUAUCCUUCCCUCAAAUAGCAUUGAAAAUGGGUCGUGACUGUGUCUUCCAACAUGACAAUGGCCUGAAAAAGACAGUCAGAAUAACCAAGGAGUGCUUUCCUAAAAAGCAUAUCAAGGUUCUGGAGGGGCCUAGCCAGUCUCCAGACCUAAACCCAACAGAAAAUCUUUGGAGGAAGCUCAAACUCCGUGUUUCUCAAUGUCAGCCCAGAAACCUGAUUGACCUGGAGAAGAUCUGUGUGAAAAACUGCAAAACUGAAAAGUUACAGGAAACGUUUGACCUCUGUAAUCAAAGGCUACUUUACCAAAUGUUAACAUUGAUUUUCUCAGCUGUUCAAAUACUUAUUUGCAGCAGUAUAAUAUAAAUAAAUUGUUUUAAAAAAUCAUAUACUGUGAUUUCUGGAUUUUUUUUCUUCAGUGUCUUUCACAGUGGAUAAGCACCUACCAUGAAAAUUUCAAACACGCUCAUCAUUUCUAAGUGGGAGAACUUGCAAAAUUGCAUGGUGUUCUAAUAUUUAUUUUCCUCACUGUUUAUCAAAAUUUUAAACCCAUGUUUUCGACUAGCUCUCUCUUUCAAGUGCCCACCCCGAACAUCCAAGUGAAGAUAAGAGUGUGCCAGAUGUUCUCUCGUCUUUUUAGUUUGCCUCAUAGGGAGAGCCGUCCUGUUGUUUUUCGUUAACAAGCUUGGCAAUAGAGGCGCGCAUUUGCUUUGUUUCUUCCGCCGCAGCUUUUUAUAGCUUCCACAGGUGUGCUCGUUUUUUAAUUAUUCCACGCAAGUAAACAAGUGAUGUGCACAUCACGCUCUGUGCCCUUGUUGCUUUUUGUGCUCAAUUUAGAUGCUUCAUUGCCUGACAUAUUAUGAAGUGGUGACACGUUUUCCUCAUGAGUUUAAAUUAGCUCUUUAGCUUUGGCGCACAUUUUGACUUGGAGGGCUAACAGCGAAUUUUUAGUGGUUUGCAUGUCCAUUGCCGUCAAUGUUAGCCAGUGACAUGUCGCUUUUGUGGACUAUAAGGCGCACCAGCCCAAAAAAAAUGCACAAUGAAGAGGUAGAAAAACAUACAGUAUGUAAGUUGCAUGGAAGAAUAGUAAUAACAAGAAAAUGGAGAACAACAGGCUAAAUUGGCAUCUAUUAAUGUAACAUUUUAAGUUAUUUACAUAAUUAGAGCCUUUAAAAGACCACUUGAUUUGUUUACCAAACUCUCAACCUCAAGUUUAUAUAAGAUACACUUGAGUAUAAGGGCACUUUCACAUUAGACCAAGAGGACCAGGGUCAGGUUGGAGAGCUACCUCGCAACAACACUUGCAAAUGACUAGUUAAAAAGGUUCAGCAUUUACACUACGCCAACUGAUCUAUCCCUGCCACCCCAUUCCUCCGGAAAAAAGCGGGGGGGAAAACAACCGAAAAAUCGAGCCUAUGGUAUAGUGUUAAUACUGUAACAACGACAAGGAUGUGGCUAGCUUUGUCGGGUUUUGAAUCCUUUCGAACUUGUGCAACACAACACGGCUACUGUCCGCUAGGUGAAGCCAACAACAACAGAACAUAGAAAGUGAAAGUAUCCCGCACCUCUCUGAACUCUUACACGGUGCGUUCAGGAACAGCAUGCAAAACACAACCGCCACAUUAGAAUCCAAUUCUGUGAAUCAAAUGCAACUGCUAAGCACAGCAUAAAAACAUUUCGCCAUGGUUAUUUGUCUGUCCUUUUACCAUUGUUGAUUUUGAAUAGCGUGCACGCUGUACUUCAGCUUCCAAGGAUGCACUGUGUGUAGCUUCACAUCCUGGAGUAUCACAGCUCCACGCUUUGACGCUGCACAUAAAGCAGCAAAAACGCACCCUGCUCUGGUUGCAGUCGCAAGCGAAGCAGGGUGCGCUUAAAGUGGACAGAGACCCAUGAUUUUUUUAACGGACUGGAGUUUGUUUGUUUAGUCAAAACUAGAGUUUGGAUGCACAUUCCCAUUUACAAAACAAGCGAACUAUCUGAGAAAAAGAACUCUGGUCCGUUUAAAACGGACCAAACAGUGCUAGUGUCUAAGCGCCUUUAGGCUAGGUUCAUACUGUCUUAAUGCACAAUUCAGAUUUUUUUUGUCAUAUCUUUUUCGGGUGUGCCCAUUCAGACUGCCUUUGUCCAUUGAGCCCAUUCAAGUAUUACGCAUGCGCACUAAUUUGCAGUCCGACACGCGCUGAGCAAAUUGAGCCGCAUGCGCAGAAGAAUCAAAACAAAUGACUACACAUGCUGGCUGUACGUCAUUCCAGGGUGAUCAUAUUUUGAUUUCCAAAAAGAGAACACAAAUAACAGACAUUAAUAAUCUCCGUUUAGUCUUAUUUUCAAAGUUUAUCUGGAUUGAUAGAAUGCAUGCAUGCACUGAGUGCAUGACACACACACGAAAGCCUUAUGUGUGUGUGUCAGUUUGCCUCUACUCGGCCAUGUAAGCAAUUCCGAAUGAUUGUUUAUUUGGCACACACACAAAAAAAACAACACUAUCAGGCUUAUGCUUUUCUUCAUUUUAUUUUUUUUAUGAGUGUGGUCAAGCCCGCCUCCUGCAUAAAAGCCGAGUUCGAGCUAGACGCUAACGCUAAUGCACAGCUACAUCGCUUCCCUCCUGUCUGCUGCUCUCGCUCUUUGCUGAUGUAAUUGCUUCAUGAGUUCCGAUUUGAGAGACUUGACAGUUCAGACCGCCGCCACAUUCUGGGAAAAUGCGGCCAAGAUCGGAUAUAAACUACAUACAGAAGUGACCCAGAUCAAAUUUGAAACUGUCCACUUCUAUGCGUCUUGUCAGACCAUCAAGUUAAUGCCUCACUCGAGUCGGAAAAACACGAAAAAAUCUGAUAUGUGCAUUAAGACCUGCGGUCUGAACCUAGCCUUAGUCACAGGCCCAGUCACACGGUUAACAAAAGUGUGAUUUAGGCUAGGUUCAUAAAGCAGGUCUUAAUGCACAAAUCCGAUUUUUUGUCAUAUCUUGUCAUAUAUUUUUUUGGCGCGUCCGUUCAGAUUGCCUUUGUCCAUUGAGCCCGUUCAAGUAUUACGCAUGCGCACUAAUUCGCAGUCCGACACGCGCUGAGCAAGAAGCAGAAGCAUCAAAACAAAUGAUUACACAUGCUGGCUGUCAUCUGUCAUUCCAGGGAGAUCAUGUUUUGAUUUCCAAAAAGAGGACACAAAUAACAGACAUAAAUAAUCCCCGUUUAGGGUUAUAUUCAAAGUUUAUAUGGAUCGAUAGCAUGCACACACCAUUUUUAUUUUUUUAUGACUGUUGCCAAGCCCCACCCUUCCCCAAAAGCUGUGUUCAAUGCAAGCUAGGCGCUAAUAACGCACAGCUGCACCGCUACCGUAGCGCCCUGUCUCUCUCGCUCUUUGCUGACGUAAUUGCUGCAUGAAUUCCGAUUUGGGAGACUUGACAGUUCAGACCACCCGCAACAUUCUAGAAAAAUGUGGCCCAGAUCGGAUUUAAGCCACAUAAGAAAGUGACCCAGAUCGGAUUUGGAAUGGUCCACUUCUAUGCAACUUGUCCCGUUCAGACCAUCAAGUUAAUGCCUCACUCGAGUCGGAAAAACACGAAAAUAUCGGAUUCGUGCAUUAAGACCUGCAGUAUGAACCUAGCCUAAUAGUCUGGAAAAUAUGGCAAUAGUGAGACCUGAUAAGACACACUUACGCUGGUGUACCUCAUAAUACAUCCUCUGUUUUCCUCCUAUUUGACAGACUUGUCAUGCUUUGAUAUGCUCUGAAUUUUCUGUUGUAUCCCGUUCACGGAUUAACAAAUAUGUGCUUUUGUCAUGGCGGCCUGGUUUCUAAUGGUAAACAGAAUGUAUUCCUUUAAGUUUCUAUGACAAGCGCCCUUAUUGUAAAUACUUCGGGGCGUAAAAAUGACUAGGUAUGUGACACAGGGAUGAUUGGACCCUUUGAUGCCCAUUGUGGAAAUACAAAAUCGAUGAAUGUCUGGAGUAAUGUCUCACUCAUCCCAUGACGUAUCCACGGACUAUUGUUUUGGUGCAUUACCUGCUCCUCACUUCUAUAUCCAAGUCUUGUACUUUUUCUUCCCUUGAGGCAAUGAACCACUGACUUUUUCAUCUAAAUGAUACAAAAAUAAAUUAUUAGUUAAUGAGCUGCGUGCUGUGUUGAUAGUCCGUCUUGUUCACAGUGAGCCGCGGAAAUUAAAAUGAAUGUGGCGGAAAGUACGGCCGAGUGUGUUUCCACUCACUAGGGAUGGACCGGUACGGAAUGAGGGAUAGAGUAGCUCCUUUCCUCUAUGAACAGUCCAAAAGCUCUGUAAAUAAACUUCACCUCGGUGGAAACCUAACCCUCCAAUCAAAGUCAGCUCCAAAGCAGGAAUGUUUUUUUCUUUUUUCAACCCCUUGUAUUUCACUCUGUCACCUACAGAGUCCUCACUCCACUAAUUCCCCAAUUUCAAUCCAAACAAAAUCCUCCUCCUGCUGGAAAGCAACCAUUUAUCAUUCAAAUCCCCUCCUGGCUUAAGCUACCAAACCUUGUCUGGAUGUUUGUAUACCUUCGCCAUCAAACGUAUCCGUCUUGGACAUCCUGUCUUCCAUCUGCUUGUUGUGCCAGCUUCUCUUACCGGACAACAUUUUAACUUAAUGGACAGCGCUUUAUGGUCCAAUUGGGGAGUCAGUGACAGGAACAGAUUGUUAGAGAUUGGCCAGAUAGGUUCAGUGUUGGGGCUGUUUAGGGACAAGGAGAUUUCCCACCAAUAGAGUCAUGUUGGUUGGAAUAAAAUUCCAUUUGUUGUGGUUUAUUUGACUACCAGUACACUUGCAAAACAAAAGAAGGUAAUAUAACAUUGAGAAAAAUGAUAUUCCAUAAUUUUCGGACUAUAAGCAACUACUUUUUUCCCUCAAUUUGAAUCCUGCGACUUAUAGUCAAGUGCAGCUUAUUUGUUUAUUUAUUUGAGUUAUAAGUCAACACUUUAUUUGACAGCGACGUCAUAAGAAGGUUGCCAUAAGACCGUCAUAAUUAUGACACUACCAUGGGCAUUAAUGAAUGCUUAUGAUACAUGUCAUUAAGUGUCAUCCAAAUUAUGUCUCUAACUGCAUUUAUGUCCAGCUCGGACCUUUUACAUCCAUUCAAAAGUGAGAUACUAUAAUUUUUGCACUAUAAGGCUCACC